AGGAGGAGGAGGAGGGAGCACUUAUUCAGGUAAAAUAAGAAAGACGCUUUUAACAAGACAGUGUCUUGGAACAUUGUCACCGCACACACCACUGCUACUGAACCACCAGCUCAGUUGUGUCGAAGAUGGGCCAUCUCACUCUUGUGGCUUUUCUCACAGUGCUGUUCAGCCUUUUUGUGGAAGCCGAAGCAAAUUCAUUUGUUUACAACUAUGAAAGACUACGGAUUGGAGGACUGGUCUUUGCCAUCUUGUUGAUCAGUGCAGGAAUCGGUUUUUUGCUUUAUGGCAAAUGCAAGAAGAGAGGAAAACAUACUGACAACAGCAGUGAAAUCUGAUCUGAUGCUUGACAAACCGGUUUUGGCCUAGGAAUAAAAGCUGGCAGGAGAUGGGGCGGGGAGAUCUCCUGCCUCCUGAGAGCAGGGGGGUUCAGAGGAGGCUCACCUGCUCAGAUACUUGUGUGAAGACACAUCCUUUUUUUUUUUUAAUCAAGCACUGCUCAAAUUUGACAUCACUUCCUUCCAGUCUGCUAGAAGGAGAUGCAAAGAGAAAAAGUAAAUGUCCACUUCUGUGCUGAUACGGUGAUAUUUAUUUUUGUAAAUACACACUGAUCCGUGCAUCAUAUCCAGUCUGCCAUACAUGCGGUGCUUCUUUAGUUCUUAAUAUUGUAUAAAGCUGAUGAAAUAAUACACAGUUAGCAUUUUAGCAUUACUACCUGCUGUUUUGAUCAGUUGUCCAUACUGAUGCUGUCAAACUCUAAACUAUUGGAAUAAUAAUGAAAAGUGUAUUCUGUCAAAUAUCCUGAGUCAAUUCGAAAUUAAAGUCAAAAUAAAUGUCGGUGUCACUAA